AUGGGUCGUGUUCGAACGAAGACUGUCAAGAAGUCCGCCAAGGUCAUCAUUGAGCGGUACUACCCCAAACUUACGCUCGACUUCGAGACCAACAAGAGGAUCUGCGAUGAAAUCGCCAUCAUCUCCUCCAAGCGUCUUCGCAACAAGAUCGCUGGUUUUACCACGCACUUGAUGAAGCGCAUUCAGCGGGGUCCUGUCCGAGGCAUUUCUUUCAAGCUCCAGGAGGAGGAGCGUGAGCGCAAGGAUCAAUACGUUCCCGAGGUGUCCGCCCUUGACUUCACUCAGAACUCUGAGAGCGGCCAACUUGAUGUCGAUGUAGAGACUAAGGACCUUCUCAAGUCUCUCGGCUUUGAUUCGAUCCCCGUCAAUGUCAUUCCUGUCACCCAGACCCAGGCACAGGACCGCGGUGGCCGCAGAUUCGGCGACCGACGACGAGAUUAA